GAUGUCUCCACCUCUGUAUUCUUUGCUUCAGUGUUCCAGAUUUUUCGAUAGAGGGUCAAAAGGGUUUCCCAGAAAAUUUGUUGCUAUUCGCAAGCGAUUUAAAUUAACGAAGGCAAGAUGAAGGCAUUCUGUCCGCUGCGGUUACUCAUGAGAAACAUAAACAAACCAAAAUGCAAUUUCCAUACCUCGCGAGCGUUGUUAGAAUUCUAUGAAUCAGAUAGGAAAGGUGGUUAUCCCCAUAUUCCCAGCAAAGUUUCGGAAAAGAAAAGUAUCAUAAAAAACAUUAUAGAAGGAUGCCAACGAUUUUGUUAUGAAAUGAAAGUAUUAUCUAAAGAGGUAAGGGAAGCAUUGCGAGCGGACCCAGUACUUGCCUAUAGACAUAAUGAAGUCGACGUUGAGUGGAGAUUUGAUGGAGAUCCUUCAAGACUCGAAGAUUGGAUUGUCACAUGCGACAGUGAAUAUGCAGAAGGUUUCUCAUCUUGCAGUUUGCAAUUGUCUCCCAGAGGUACUGGCAUAUUUUCUGGAAUUUUGGAUACCAGAGUACCUAAAGAUGGAAAGUUAUCCCGUGCCGGUUACUGCAACAUUACCACAGCACGUAGACAGAUAUCGUUUCGACGUGACACUCCUCUCGACUGGACGCAGUACUCUCACCUAAUAUUACGUGUGCGAGGUGAUGGGCGAAACUACUUAAUAAACUUAGCAACUGCUGGUAUGUUUGAUAUUUUCUGGAACGAUGUACAUCAUUAUGUACUUCAUACACAAGGAGGCCCUUACUGGCAGUAUGUUAAAAUACCGUUUUCAAAAUUCUACUUAGCAAGUAAAGGAAGAAUUCAAGACAUUCAGUAUAACAUACCAUUAGACCAAGUCUGGUCCAUAGGUUUUUCAUUGGCAGAUCAAAUUUCAGGACCAUUUAAAUUAGAAAUAGAUUAUAUAGGUGUUGAAUACGAUGCGUUACACAACGAAGAGUUUGCAUAUGAAACAUACAAAGUUGAAAAGUUCAUAACUUAAAGGGUCGACUCCAAGUUUCAAUUCAUUGAGAAGAAAUUAGCACAUAGAUUGCGCUAUUUAGGGAUACUCUGUAAAUAAAGGAAGAUUCAAGUACAAA